GCCGACUUGACUGUUUUCCUUCUCCUCGGUGCUUGGCCGCAGAAGACUGGCAGCAGCAUGCUCUACAUCGUCGGACUUGGCCUCGGCGACGAGAAAGAUAUCACUCUCCGAGGUCUCGAAGCCGUCAAGGCCUCGACGAAGGUCUACGUUGAAGCCUAUACCUCUCUUCUCUCCUUCGGCCUUACCUCUGAUGGCCUCUCCAAAUUGGAGAAAUUGUAUGGCAAGCCGGUGAUUGUUGCUGAUAGAGAGAUGGUGGAGGAACGGGCGGAUCAGAUUUUGUCUGAAGCUUCAGAGUCUGAUGUGGCUUUUCUGGUUGUUGGUGAUCCGUUUGGAGCUACAACACAUACAGAUUUAGUUGUGCGGGCCAAGCAACUGGGUAUAGAUGUUAAAGUGAUACACAAUGCAUCUGUAAUGAAUGCAAUUGGAGUUUGUGGGUUGCAGCUUUACCGCUAUGGAGAGACAGUUUCAAUACCUUUUUUCACAGAGACAUGGAGGCCAGACAGUUUCUAUGAGAAGAUACAAAGAAAUAGGGAGCUUGGAUUACACACUCUUUGCUUAUUAGAUAUCCGCGUAAAGGAACCUUCAUUGGAAUCCUUAUGCAGAGGAAAGAAAUGUUAUGAACCUCCAAAAUAUAUGACAAUCCAUACUGCCAUAAAUCAACUCUUGGAGGUUGAAGCCUUGCGAAAAGGAUCUGCUUAUAGUGAGAAGUCAAAAUGUGUUGGAAUUGCUCGCCUUGGGAAUGAGGAUCAGUUGAUAGCUGCUGGUUCUAUGACAGAUUUACUUGAUGUGGAUUUUGGGGCUCCACUCCAUUGCCUUGUUAUUGUUGGAGAGACUCAUCCUGUGGAAGAGGAGAUGCUAGAGUUCUACAAAGUCAAGUGAAUAAGAAAUCCCCAACUUUGAUCCCAUCAAUGCAAUGAUUGCCACAUCCAGGUUGGUCCCAACUACACAGUAUUGGAGUUGUUUAUGAUCCAUGAGAGAAGCAUACGGAGGAUAUUUUCCUUUUUUGGGAUUGAAGAAUUUUGUUCAAUUUGCACAUUUUGCAAUGGGAUUCUCCUUUAUGAUUUACUGAUUCCUUGAAUCCUUGUUCAGGUAUGUGCCAAAUAGAAUGAUAUCACCAUGAUGUUAAUUCAAUUGAAUAACUUAAAUACGAGACACGGAAAGUUACCCACCUGGAGUAACUUGUAGAAAUUGAUGCUAUUUAUUUUCUAAUUUAUGAAAUCAUGCGCUACUAGUUUUCCAA